AAAAAAUAGCACUUAUUAUUAUUAUUAAAUGCCGCGCGGGAAACAACGAAAACGCUCGACGGAUGCCAAAAGAACACACUACCAAAUUGGCCCAAGCUCAACAAUUGCUAAGUGAAUUUUCCAAAUGUUCUUCUAUUUCCUAAAACUUUCAAUCGUCGUUUCCUUUGCGCGCGCUUUUCAAUUCGUCCGAUAAAACAAGUGUCUUCUGCACAUACAUACAACAAAACAAGGCAAAUAGCAACAUAUUCCCAGUGUUUGUGAUAAUUUUUGAAAAACAAAAGAAUCAAGUGAUAAAAACAAAACUUAGAUAAAACCGAACAACAACACUACCCGAACAUUUUUUGAUGGUUUGCAAAAGUGUUACACUAGACACUAUCAAGAUGCAGCUGAAGAUGGAAGCGCAAGCGACGCCACAGCAACAGGCACAGCAGCAGCAGCAACAGCAGCAACAAUUGCAACAGCAAGUGAUGAGCAAACAGCAGCUGCAAUUGCUGGAUAAAAUAAAAAUUGAGACAAGCAACGGCAACGAUCCACAAGCGACUCAAGUACUCGAGGAACAACAGGAGCAGCAGCAGCAACAACAGCAGCAGCAACAGCAGCAGCAACAAUCGCAGCAACAACAGCAGCCAACAACAACUGUUGGCGUUGGCGUUCUAGUGCAGUCGAACAGUCUCAGCGAGAGCGACGAGCAGCAGCAGACGCAGUACGUCGUUGUGCCACGCACCCAACAGCGACGCAUUCUGACCACAGCUGGCACGCUUGAACUGAAUGAGGCACGCGAAGGCGAACACAGCACCAACAACAGCAGUGCCAGCUCCAACUCCGCGCCCGAGACGCACAUCGAGUAUCAGCGCAGCUCGCAUCAAUCACCGCACUACAUUCAGAUGGCGCCCCGCAACGCCGCCGAGGUCGCCGAGCAGGUGGCAGCGAGUGCGCCUCCUGGCACAUACUACGCGUAUACUUCGGGAGCAAUACUGUGCGCCGACGAUGUGUCGGCCAUUAAGCUGGAGACCAUCGACAAGAACGAUGUGCCUGGAGAGGCACAAGCACAGCAGCUGCAGCAACAACACCAGCAUCAACAGCAGCAACAGCAACAGCAGCAAUGUCCCACCCCCAAUGGCGGUCCCUAUGCCGAUGCUAUUGUGGUUAGUGAGGCUGCCUUGCAGCAUCAUCAUCAGCAGCAGCAGCAGCAGCAACAACAGCAUCAGAAGCAGCAGCAUCAUCAGCAACAUCCCGCAGUUGCAGCAGCUGCUGCCGCCGCCGCCGCAGCAGCCGCCAGUCAAAAUCCCAGCGUGCGCUAUGUGACCGAAGAUGGACGCUUCACCACCGCCAGCGGUGAGCCAGAGCCAGCUGGUGGCAACCUCUACUACGAUUCACCUGUGGUGGAUGCCAGUGUCCAUGCGAAUGAGGCCAAGACCUAUGCGGAUCUGGGCAGUGCCUACGCGCCCUUUCCCCCCAACUCGACAUUCAGCAGCAACAACUAUGCGGCAACGUUGCAGCAAGGCAACACUGUCUACAGUGUGCCUGGUACCGGUCAAUUCCUGACCAAAACGGAUCCCAAUUUGAAUGCAAUAAGAGCCACUGCAGCGGGCAACUACCAAACCAUCUCCUUCUUGGACAGCACUAGUGUGAACGAUCCGGCAUUGUGGACUACGGCCGGUACGGAGUAUCAGGGUGUGUCAUAUACGAACUAUCAUACGCAGGUCAUCGAUGAUUAUCCGGCCAGCAAUAUGACGACAGCCCAUUGGCCACCGGCCACCAACAUUAGCAGCUUUGAUCCCAGCUUGGGUGCCCCCAACACCGCAUCGCCGCCGACUCACAGCCUGCAGGAGCUCAAGUGCGACAACUGCCAGACGCCAUAUAUGCGCAAGGGCUCCGACGUGUACUGUCCCGCCUGUCCCAGCUAUGGGCGUGUCCUGCCAUCUCGCAUGCCUCAGCGACAGAAGCCUAAGGCUGCGGCAGCUCCCAACAAUCGGCGCAGCGGCGUCACCUGCGCCAACUGCCAGACGAACUCGACAACGCUGUGGCGGCGCAACAACGAGGGUAAUCCCGUCUGCAAUGCCUGUGGUCUGUACUUUAAGUUGCACAACAUGAAUCGUCCUUUGUCCAUGAAGAAGGAGGGCAUUCAGAAGCGCAAACGCAAGCCAAAGAAUAAUGGAGGACCUAUUCCCCAUCGGACACUGCCAAGUAUGUCACAAGGUGUCAACUUAAUGGUGGGCAGCGGUGCGGUGUAUCCCUCUCAGGUGCCACUUCCAGGAUUGAUGAAUAGCCAACAGAAUGCUAGUCCCGAGCUGCAUGAUAUGACCACAACUGGACCAGCUGGAGGGACGCGUGUGGUAUCGAUUGCAUUGAAUGCGACAGUGCCCACGUCAUCGGAUGGCACACUGAAUAUGUCUCGUCAUCAUGUGACGAGCGAGAGUCACUCGCCCUACAGCCAACAACAACAACAACAGCAGCAACAACAGCAGCAGCAACAGCCCCCGGCACAAAGUCAAUCACCGCAUCUGCCCAACUCGAGCACGCUAAAUCGCCAGAUAGCACAGUCUGUUCCGCCAAUUGAGAGUGGUCGCAGUUCCAACAGUGAACUGACUCCAAGCGUCAUCACAAGAACAGGACUUCCAGAGCGCACAUCGAAUAACUAAACUUAACUAAAACUAAGCUUAACUAAACUAAAGUAAAGUAAACAACGUAUUCUAUAGAGAACUUUGCCAAAAUAUUACAAUUGUAAAAUAAUUCAUGUAUUUUUAGCUAGAGACAUUCCUUAUCCCAGUCAGAAAGAAUAUAAUAUGCAAGUGGUGAGUUUGAUGCCAAAAGAGAAAUAAAGUGAACUAGUUCAAAUACUUUCUACUUGUUCUCAACGAGUUACAGUAGGCUAUUAAAUUGUAUAUCUUAUUAUUUAUUAAUUCAGUUGUAUUUAUUGUAAUCUUCAAAUCAAACUUUUACUCACCAUUUGCUAUUCAAGUUUUGUCUUCCUUUUCUUAUUUAGUAACCAAUGUGCCACAAAUGAUUUGAAAUGAUUUGUGCCAAAAGGUUUAUAUAUAUUAUUAAACUUAUGCAUACCAUAUAUCGUAUAUUGUAUUGUUUUUAGUUAAUGUAUUAUUCCGCUUUAGAGUUAGUUUAGCGAAAAAAAUCACAAAACCAUAAAUAAACCUACGAUUUUGUAAUUGUAAGUCCUUUUUAUAAAAUUAAAAAUAAAAGUAAAA